UCAAGCUAUCACAUUAUGAUGUCGUUCGAGCUAAUCUUGCCGACGGACAUACUUCUAAAAAAGGUCGAGAAUUGUUUGCAGAUCGUGGACAAAACACCAUAAAUUAUGAUCUUCUUGAUGGUUACACUUUAGAGACACUUAAAUCUCUUACGAGUUCACGGACUGAUCGAAUAUAUGAGGACCCACCAAUUUUUCGAAGGGAGUUGACAGAUUGUGAAUCUUCAAUUUUCGGCUUAGAAGCUACUAUAAAGAAUCUCGUUAAAAUAUCGAGAUCUAGCGUUGAAAUCGCUCAAGAGUAUACCGCAAAACAACUUCAAUUUGCGGAAGAACUAGAGAAUUUUGCAAAGCAACAGCCUGAGUCGAUCAUAAAAAACGUUCUGAUGAAGUAUGCGUCAUCUUUACAAGAGGUUGAAAGGAGUCGUCGAAUUCUUCAUUCGCACAUGUACAACAUGUUUAUAGAACCAUUGGAAGCUUUCGCAAAAAAUGAGAUAGUACCGUUAAAGGAUCUAAAAAAAAACUUCGAAAAGGCCGGAAACGAAGCUGAUUCAGCUCUUUCAAGAUACAUGAACAAACGUCCGAGGGAUUCGAUGAUUCAAGAAGCAUCCUAUGAAUUGUCAGAAGCCCGAAGGGAAUUCCACCUUCGUUAUCUAGAUUAUGUAACUAGGGUCAAUCAAUUAGAAGCAAAGAAGAAAUUUGAAUUCAUGGAAUAUAUUUUGGCCUUGAUGUUUACAGAAUCGUCGUUUUAUCAUCAGAGCUAUGAAAUCUUGAAAGACUUGGAACCACAUAUGAAAGACGUGACAAAGUUGCUUCAUGAGACCAGGGUAAUGUACAACAACGAUAUCAAAGAGUCACAAUUACUUAGAAAGAAAAUAUUUGAGUCGGCCCAGGAAACCUACAAUCCAUUAAGAUCAGGGAAAGCAGGUAAAAAUCAUAAUCCCAAUCCGAGUGGAAAUUUAUCGGGAGUUAGGAAGUCCGGUUACCUAUUCAUGAAAGGAAAUCAAAGAGUCAUGCAAACUUGGACUCGUAAAUAUUUCACCAUUUCCGGAGAAAUGUUAUGUUACUGUAAUAAAUCUGGGAAGGAGGACGAUGAUUCGGCUUCUAUUAAUUUAAGAGUUUGUCACAUAAAGUUAAUCAAUAAUUCGGACAGACGCUUUUGUUUUGAAAUAUUAUCUCCAAUGAGGACAUACAUCCUACAGGCCGAAAACCAAGCAGAAAUGGAGGAUUGGAUAUAUCAUUUGCAAACUGCGGCUAAGGAAGCAUUCUAUUCUGAACAAUCACCAAAAUUAAACUCUAGAGAGGCAGCGAAUGAUCGAUCACAGAAUUCUAAACAACUAAUUCACCAAGUCAAACAAUUGGAAGGCAACGAACUUUGUGCCGAUUGUAAAUCUAAAGACCCGCAGUGGGCUAGUACCAAUUUUGGCACUUUGCUGUGUAUCGAGUGUUCUGGCAUUCAUCGUAGUCUUGGUGUGCACGUGAGUAAGGUCAGGUCGCUGAUGCUUGACAAGUGGGAACCUGAAACGGCUGAGGUUAUGCUGAGAUUGGGUAAUUCCAAGGCAAAUCAGAUAUUUGAGGCAAAAAUUUUGAAAGAGAAGGAUGGAAAGUCGGAAAAAUCAUGGGAAAGGUCUGAGAGGGAAAAGUUUAUCACAGACAAGUAUGUUAAUAAAGAAUAUAUUGUUCGAAAAGAUGAAGAGAAAGAAAUCAAUGUGGAUUUGGCUUUCUGGGAAGAAAUGAAUAAUUCAAAUCUAAGUGGCGCUUUGAAAUAUUUGUCACUUGGCGCUUAUGUGGAUUGGAAGAAUGACCGGAAGAAUGGAACCACCGCAUUGCAUCAAGCCAUACGUAGAGAUGACGAUGUCGCAGUUGAAUUUUUGUUGUUGUGGUCUAGCGAUAUUAAUUCGGUUGAUGAGGAUGGUUGGAGUGGUCUUCACCAUGCCGCCGCCACGAAUAAUGCGAGGUUAUUAUUGAAUUUAAUGAAAAGACAUGCCGACGUUAAUUUAAAGGACAAACGUGGAAAGCGACCUGUUGAUGUUGCAUUGGAGUUACAGAAAGUAGAAGCGGUCACAGCGUUGAGACUAUUUCAAUUUGAAAAUCAACUGACAAGGUCAGAAUAUUCGACCUUUGGAGUUGACGAAGCAUUGACGAGCAUAUCAAAGCCUUACAAUAGGACUACGUCAUCAAGCAUAGAUUUGAGAAUAAAUACCAACAAGACAUCCACCCGUAGUGCUCCAGCAACACCACCAACAUCAUCCAGAGGUCUGUUGGAUGUCGAUAAUCUGGAUGGUUCAGUAAGAUCCAGCAUGGAUUCAUUCACAACACAAGGCGGAGUUUCAUCUAAAAUUCCUGCGAAUGGAAUUAAAUUGCAAACAUUUGGACAAUGGGAAAACAUCGAGCACGAAGAUGGAAUGUAA